CAUUCCUUAAAAUUAAUCAAUUAUAAACAUCAGAGCAUCGCAAUAUUAUGAAUAUGUUUUAAACAUGUAUAAGUAGUAUUAUUUUAGUUUACUUUCUGACAUAAUUGUAUUUUAAAUUGUAUUAUUUAUAAUAAUGAAAAUUUCUUGUAUAAGUGAGCGAGAUAUAUAUAUAUAUAUAUGUAUACAGUAUGUGCGACAAUCGAUGUCAGUUAUUUCACAGAGAAAAUUACAGGAAAGAAGAAUAUUUACGAAUGAAAUGGUUUAUAAAAAAUCAACAAAAAUUGAUAGAUAAUUUAGGUAUUACUACAAAGACUACAGCACUAAUGAAAUUGAAAAGUUUUGAAAAAGAAGCAUCCAAAAAAGAUUAUAAAAUUGAGCCAAAAAUAAGUAAAAAAUACAUGCCAACGACAUGGAGAUCACCAAAUAUCAUCGAUGGUUCUGUAAAUCUCAAUAUAAUGAAACCAAUUGAACGAGAAAUACGUGAUAUUCUUUAUGAACAAGGAAUUCAAAGUUUUAUUAACAAAGAUCAUUAUUUUCAUAAAAGAUUACAGAAAUUACCAGAAGAUCGUUUUUAUUUUCCUGAUUGUACCAAUUGGCUUUACGGAUGGCGUCUCAAAGAUUACAGUUUACCUUCUAUUAGUAAAUUUGGUAAAAAAUCUAUUAUGCAGUCACAAUUUUAUCAACGUACUGCAUCUUGUCUACAACGUGACCCAGACUGGUAUCAAAAUUGUCAAACAACUAAUCCAAAAAAUUUCAAUGAUCUAUUGACUUAUUAAUUUUUUAUUCUAACAAUUCAAUAAUUAUCAAGUUGUUUUUUUUUUCAUUCAUUUGUUGUUUGGGAACAAAUUGAUUCGAAAGGUAAUACA